GUUUGCAUCACAACAGGUAAGAGAUUUGUGUGAUUGAUUGGAAAGUAGGAUUAGGUUGAUUUUUUUUAUUUAAAUGUUUGGCUAUUGGAUUUGAUUUGUUAAUUAAUCCAGUUGGGUUUAGCUUUUCAUUUUUUCUAAUAUUUGUAAUCAUUUAUAUCAAUCUGAUUAACCUGCAAAAUUGUAAGUUCCUAACAAAACAAAGAAUAUAUUUAUCUGUUAUCAAUUCAAUUGUUCAGAUAUUUGCACUUAUUAAUUUUUACAUCUGUUUAUACAUUUUCACACAUUUUAUAAAUUACAUUUAUUUGUUAGGCACAAUGUAUAGGUAAAAUGCUUCUUAUACAAAGGGCAGAAUUGUAUUGUACAAGGUUUAGCUACUAGCUAAUUUUCACAUAUUGACGUCCCAUUUACAAACACAUUAUAGUCUGUUUGUGCGGCGUGUGUUGUUGACCAAUGUUUUGAUUUAUCAAGCUGUUUUAAAAAAUGACCCCCAAAUACACAUUAGGGUCUUUACAUUAGACUUCUGAAGAGGUUUUAGCGUUAAAUGCAAUAGUCAUUUUGUAAAAGCGAAGUUUUGGUAUGGAUUGUGCAAGGCCAUUUAACCAUAAAUUAAGGGAAAGGUCAUGUCUCUAUAAAAUAUACUGUUUAUUGUCCAACAGCAAUCAACAAAUCAGUACAUUCAGGUCAUCUGUUCCUGUAGUUCAUUCACAUUUGUGACCAAGGUUUAAUUUUUUAUGAACUGUUCUUAGAAGUUUUAUAACAUUAGAUAUAUAAUCUUAUGAUGAAAUGUGCUGAGUGGUGCAGGGAUGACUUAUUUUUCUUACAUUCUAACCCUGUAAUGAUCCUAGCAAGGACUGGGGCUCCUCAUCAAUACUCAAUUAGAUCUUUCCAUUGGAGUUAUGGAGUAUAGCAGAAACAAACUUUUAUGAUACUUACGCUUUUUGUUCUGCAGGAUAAUCUCCACAUAUUAACAACACUUUAUAAUUGUUGAACUGUUGAAGUAGUUCAGACAUCUAAGUAAUCAACGCCUCUCAAUGCCUCUUCUUUUGCACAGAUUAAUCGUUUUUCCAGCUAAUCUCUUCCUGUACAGAGAGGAAGAAUGACUCGUCGAGUGGCUGUGAUUGGAGGAGGGAGUUCAGGUCUGGCCUGUAUCAAGUGCUGUCUGGAUGAGGGGCUGGAGCCUGUCUGCUUUGAAAGCAGCGAUGACAUUGGUGGUCUGUGGAAAUUUAAGAAGAAUCCAGAGCCAGACAGGGCCAGCAUCUACCACUCUGUCAUCAUCAACACCUCCAAGGAGAUGAUGUGUUUCAGUGACUUCCCCAUCCCUGCACACUUCCCAAACUACAUGCACAACUCCCUCAUCAUAGACUACUUUCGGAUUUAUGCUGACCACUUCCAGCUCACCAAGCACAUACACUUCAAUACCAAAGUAUUGCAGGUGAGGCAGAGAUCUGAUUUUACUCAUUCAGGCCAGUGGGAUGUUGAGACAGAGAACCAGGAUGGCAAAAAGGAGAAACACAUUUUUGAUGCUGUGAUGAUCUGUAUUGGACAUCACUGCCACCCCAACUUGCCACUACACGACUUUCCAGGAAUUGACACUUUCGAGGGAAAGUAUUUCCACAGCAGAGACUACAAGACCCCUGAGGAAUGGAGGAAUAAAAAGGCUGUGGUUAUUGGAAUAGGAAACUCUGGAGCAGACAUAGCCGUGGAACUGAGCAGAGUCACCAAGCAGUUAUAUCUGAGCACUCGGAGGGGAGCUUGGAUUGCAAAUCGCGUCGCAGACAAUGGUCUUCCCCGUGAUAUGCUAUACAGCAGAAAUACUAUUUUGUUGCGCAAAAUCCUUCCCUUUGGAUUAACCUGCAGCAUGGCUGAGAGAAAAUUGGACAACAGAUUUGAUCACAGUUUGUACAACUUGAAGCCAAAGCACAGGUGGCUCAGCCAACAUCCCACAGUGAAUGAUGAGCUUCCCAACCGCAUCCUUUCUGGAACAGUUCAGGUGAAACCCAACAUCCGCAGGUUUCAGGGGUCCAGUGUGGAGUUUGAGGAUGGAAGUGUUGUGGAAGAUGUCGACCUGGUGGUGUUUGCCACAGGCUACAGGUUUUCCUUUCCAUUCCUGGCCUCCCAUGUGACCUCAGUUUCUGGGAACAAAGCAUCUCUGUACAAGUAUGUGUUUCCUCCUGAGUUGGAACGGUCCACUCUUGCUAUCAUUGGUCUAGUGCAGCCACUGGGAGCCAUUAUGCCCAUAUCUGAGAUGCAGGCCAGAUGGGCCACACGUGUCUUUAAAGGCUGCAUCAAGCUUCCCUCAGUGGCUUCCAUGCUGAAAGAUGUCCAGUGCAAGCAGGAGUCAAUGGCCAAAAGGUAUGUCCCCAGUCAGAGACACACUAUCCAGGUCGACUAUCUCGGCUACAUGGAUGAGAUCGCAAGACUGUUGGGGGUUCGACCCAACAUCCCCAGGCUGCUGCUGACUGAUCCUAGGCUGGGUCUAAAGGUUCUGUUUGGUCCCAGUACUCCGUACCAGUAUCGUCUCAAAGGGCCGGGGAAAUGGGCUGGAGCCCGUCAAACCAUCUUCACUCAGUGGGAGAGGGUGGCUCAACCCAUGCAGACCAGACCUUGUGAUGAUCCCCAAACCAAGAGAUCCUUCAUGUGGCCUCUGAUUCUGUCUGCUGCUCUGGUGGGCUUGGCUGUCUACAUCAACCGGAACAACCUUCCAAUUCCCCUGUUGGACACAUUGAAAGCUUACCUGUCUGCACAUCAUUGAAUAUAGAGAGAAAACAUUAUAAUACAUUCUGAGUUGCCAGUAUGGUUAAUAAUCAGCAUAGAAAACAUACAUUUAAUUUAAUGAAUCAAAAAUAAAUGUAAAAGUACAUCAGCUCAUUAAAUUAAAUAAGGUAAUGCAUAAGCAAUUUAAUGUUAAACCCUGUCGUGUUUUUUGUAUGUAAUUAAAGUAAUGUAUUACAUUCCAUAUACCGUAAUAUAGGCUUUUUUCAAAAUCUUCAUUUGGAAAAUAAGUUAUACCUACAGCUGGGAAAUAGCAUUGAAAAAUAAACAAUAUGUCUGUCA